ACCGGAAUCGUCCUUUCUUUUUCAGCGAAGACACACGGUCACGAUGAGUAGCCUUUGUACACGUUCGUCAACGUUCAAUUUCGGCGGAACUCGCAGCGAGUUCGUCGGCAAAUUGCGCGCCCUCUGCGAAGCGGGCGGUGUAACGGGGCUCGCCGGACACGUUGGUGGUGCUGCAGGAGCUGGAGCGGCGGGUGCUACUGAGGAGAAGCGCAUUAGCAAGAGCACCGACGACAUUGCCGACGACGGCGAUAUGACCAACACGCAGCUCUGGUUCCGUGGCGUGCGGCCCUCGAAGUUCCGCCACGUGUACGGUCUGCCGACGCGCAAGGAAUGCUGCUACACCGACAUCAGCGUGGUGCGCAGCGGCAACGAUGGCAACUUUUGUGCCGUCAACCCGACGUUCCUUGCGAUCGUGGCCGACACGACGUUCGUCGUCAUCCCGAUCAACCAGACGGGGCGCAUCGAUUUCCAGUGCUGCAAGGUGAUCGGCCACACCGGCCAGAUACUGGACCUGAAGUGGAACCCGUUCGACGAUCACACGAUUGCGUCGGCUUCGGAUGAUUGCACGAUCAAACUUUGGCGCAUCCCCGAGGGAGGGCUGACGAGCAAUCUGACCGAAUGCCUGACCGAGCUGGUCGGCCACAAGCGCAAGGUGCUGCACAUCGAAUGGCACCCGACGGCCGCGAAUGUGCUGCUGAGUGCCGGCUUCGACCAUCUGGUGUGCGUGUGGGACACGGCCAACACCGAGCGGGCGCUGCUGAACGUGAUCGAUUGCCACGUCGACAUGAUCUACAGUCUGGCGAUCAAUCGCGACGGUUCGAUGAUCGCCACCACGUCGAAGGACAAGAAGCUGCGCGUCAUCGAACCGCGCAGUGGCAUCGUUGUGUCGGAAGGAGUCUGCCACCUGGGAACGAAGUGCUCGAAGGCCGUGUUUCUGGACAGCAACCGCAUCCUGACGACGGGCUUCUCGCGCCACUCCGAUCGCCAGUACGCGGUCUGGGAUCAGCAUGACCUGAAGAAGCCGCUCGCGCAGGAGGUGAUCGACAGCUCGAGUGGCAUCGUGACGCCGUACUACGACUACGAUACGCGCAUGGUGUAUCUGGCCGGCAAGGGUGACGGCAACAUUCGCUACUACGAGGUGGUGGACGAGCCACCGUACGUGUACUACCUGAACCAGUUUCUGUCCGGCCAGCCCCAGAAGGCGCUCGGGUUUAUGCCGAAACGGGGCGUGCACGUGCACCAGUGCGAGGUGUUCCGGUUCUACAAGCUGCACGCCGCCGGCAACGUGUGCGAACCGAUCUCGAUGAUUGUGCCGCGCAAAUCGACGCUCUUCCAGAGCGACCUCUACCCGGACACGGUCGCCAACGUGCCGGCGAUCGGGGCGAAGGAGUGGUUCCAGGGUCGCAACGUUUCCCCGAUCAUGAUGUCCAUGAAGACGGGUGAAUCAAUCGCGGAUGUGACCAACAAUAAGUCGAACCAUCACCGCCACAGCACCACCACCGAGUCGGCGGCAAAGGUUCAGCGAACGCAUUCCGUCGUCCACCUGGGCAACGGAAACGCAAAUGGUGGCACCGCGUUGAUCGCGUCCAAUGGUGUCAACGGAGGGCAGCACCAUCAUCACCAUCAUCUCGGGGCAUCGGUGGCCGCCAACGGCACCCAGGGUCACCACCAUGGGCUGACCAAUGGCAACAACAACACACAGCAUUCCCUAGGCAGCACAAAACACUCGUCGCUCAACAAAGAAAACGAACUGCUGGACAAUCGCAAGCUGGACACGAACAACACGAAAAAGUUUGCCUUCCUGUCGCAACCGACCAAUCCGGAUUAUAGGCCGCAGACGAUCAUCGAAAAGAGCCAAAAAACGUCCACCAACCAGAGUACAAAGUUUCACCAGCUGCAGGCCAUCUUCGGGCAGCAGACGACGAACCACAAGGACAUUGCCAAUCUGCAGAACAACUUUCUCAGCAGCUCGCGCAACAGUUCCCGCAACAGUUCGCUCGAAAACAUCAACCUGCUGAACUCGGAAAAUGAGUUGCGGAAAGCAUUCAGCAAGCAAGCGGACGAGAUCAAGAGUCUGCGCAAAUCGCUGAACGGUUCCGAGAAGCGUGUCCGCGAGCUCGAGGCGGAAGUGAAACGGUUGCAGCAGCAGCUGAAACACUGCCAGUAGUAGAGUAACGUCACAGUCGGGUGGGCCGGUCCGGGCCGAGCGAGAAGGACCGACCGAUCGCCACGCACAAUGAGAAGGCAUCCGAUGGAAAAGUAGUGUCUCCGCAGACACAAUUUCAUACUUUUCAGCCGCCGCGCGGGCUCCAGCUGCUCUAUUUGAUGUCGCUUUGUGACCACAUUGUGAUUGGAUUGUGAUUAAUUUCUACUUGUGUGUCGAGGGCGCAAGGGCCCCGGAACGAUUUGUGUGUCCCCGGAUGGACCCGGAAAGGACAAGCGCGAUUAGGUGUAACGUCGUCGUAGCGUAUUUAUGUUUAGGAAUCGGGAACAGGAAGACACGAUAGCCGUUAAGAAACACAACAGGCAGCCCGGCGGGCCGCAUAAACAUAAUCGAACAAAAUAUCUAAACAGUUACCAAUACGUGACUACAGGACAAAAGAUAAAAGAAACGAAGAGAACAGCCGUCCCAAAACGCGCCCCUCGCGCCGUGUGGAGCACUAUUUCGGUCGAUUUGCCGAAAAGUUGCCGAAACGGGAAAGGCGCAUAAUAACGGGGCAUUUACGCGCAUUUAGACACUUAAACUUUGUACCGGGUGCCGGGAACCGGUACCGAUAGGUGAGGACACUCGUCUGCCGGGGAUCGUAUAUUGAACUGCUUAUCGCGCGCGCGCAGCGCUUCUUAUCGCCUUCUGGCUGCUCUGCUUACGCUGGCGAGAAUUGCUCAGACAAUAGUGCCGCAUUUUUCUAACCCUACGAGGAAACCAUCCAGCGAUAACGCCGAUAAAUGCUACGCGCCAAACGCUAUCCGAACCAAUCCACUAUAUUUAUACUGCUCCUACUAUCAAUCAAUAUGCUGUGCUACUGCUACUCCGACAUACUGCACCCUCUCUGAAGAACCCAAGCGCCGGACGAGUGGGCCAAAAAGGCCGCUACAGCUUGAUGCCCAGCAGUAGCGGCGGCGUCGUAUUAUCUUGGGAAGCAUUUACAUCUCACAGGGUGCAACAUUGUUGGGUGGAAAAUAAAAAUAUACGCAGGUGCGGGCCGUGGUGUCACGGUUCCGAUGGACCUGCGGCUUAUGAACGGCUUUUAAACACAGGCAUUCGGCAAUGCAAAGUUCUAGGCUUAACAAACAGUUAAAGACAUUGACACAUUAUUUAACUUCAACUUCAACAACGUCAAUAGGCGAUGGUGAAAGUGACAGAGGACUAGUAGGCGCUGCUACUACAGAAGGCUAACAAGAAAAAAUGACGAAGGCAGGACAUUUAUCACAGACGCUGCUGUGUAAC